AAGCAUUUAGCCCAACACGUCGGGGAUGGGACGGGGGCCUUAACUGCGGCCGCUUUGGGAAACGGGGCGGGAGCGCCGUAGGAGUAAUUGGCUCUGUGGCUGAGCUAGGUUGGGGACUAAAGUUUCCUUCUCUAGCGAGAGGCCUUAAGCCUGGAAGGGGAUUCUCUGGCCCUCCGGACGAUGCUGAACUACAGCUCCUAUUAUCCCUGACUAUUCAACAAGAUCAGGGUGAGAAGGAAAACCCCAUGCGGGAGCUGCGCAUCCGCAAACUGUGCCUGAACAUCUGUGUUGGGGAGAGUGGAGAUAGACUCACCCGGGCAGCCAAAGUGUUGGAGCAGCUCACAGGCCAGACUCCUGUUUUCUCAAAAGCUCGAUACACUGUCAGGUCCUUUGGGAUCAGGAGAAAUGAGAAGAUAGCCGUCCACUGCACUGUACGUGGGGCCAAAGCAGAGGAGAUCUUGGAGAAAGGGUUGAAGGUGCGGGAAUACGAGCUGAGGAAAAACAACUUCUCCGACACUGGCAACUUUGGUUUUGGGAUCCAGGAACAUAUUGAUUUGGGGAUCAAAUAUGAUCCUAGCAUUGGUAUCUACGGCUUGGACUUCUAUGUGGUUCUGGGCAGGCCUGGCUUCAGCAUUGCUGACAAGAAGCGCCGGACUGGCAGCAUUGGGGCCAAGCACAGAAUCAGCAAGGAGGAAGCCAUGCGCUGGUUCCAGCAGAAGUACGAUGGCAUCAUCCUUCCUGGUAAAUGAAAAGCUUCCAGUGUAAAAAAAAAAAAAAAAAGUAAAUUUUCCCAUUGUUUAA